AUGAUUGAUGUAUCGGGCAUUGAUCGGCUGAAGGAGCUGCACCGAGACUUGUCCGAGAAGAGCAUUCAGCUCUGCAUGUCCAGUGCAUUGAGGGAUGCCCUGCGCAAGCUGUGGGAUGCCAACUUCUCGGCGGAGAUGGGCGAGCAGUGGCUCCUAUCUUCCCCCGCACUCUCCUCACUCCCCUUACUCCCCUCCCACCUCUCCCCACCCAUUUCAACCCCUCUGCAGCUCUGCCUAUCCAGUGCAUCCAGUGACGUCCUUCGCAAGUUUGCGUCACGGGACAUCCUGCGCAAGCCGUGGGACGCCAACUUCCUGGCCGAGAUGCCGAGCAGUGGCUCGUCGGAUGUCCUGCGCAAGCUGUGGGACGCCAACUUUCUGGCCGAGAUGGGCGAGCAGUGGCUCUUCGUCACUCCUGCCGAUGCCGUCAAGCUGUGUCGCUCCGUGGCCGUGGCAGCGCCUGCUGUGAAAGAACAGGAUGAGCUGCUGGCGUCCGUGCAGGUGUAUGACAUCUAA